UACAGGGCAUCUACUUCCAACAUGAAGCUCCUGAUCUUAACAUUGGUAGCUGCUGCGUCCGCUGCCCCACAGGGGUACAACUUGGGCACGCCCUCUGGCCCUUCUUUUAACUCCGGGAGCUGCGGUAAUGGGCAAGUGCGACAUGUAGAUGGCAGAUGUGUCACACCUCAGGUGAACAGCCGUGUGUUCCUUUAUGAUGUGCCAGCAAACGAAGCUGUUGUCAAUCGGCCAAACUAUAUUCCAGAACCUAAAUUGGAACGGAAUAUCAUUUUUGUAAGACUGCCUGAAGGUGCAGAUGGACCAGAACCCAUCGUCGUACCACCGCCACAACAGCAACACGUAGUGUAUGUUCUGAACAAGCAGUCUGAACACGACCAGCGAGUGAUCGAGGUUCCUGCACCACCACAAUCGAACCCCGAAGUGUUCUUCGUGAACUACGCAGAAGGAGAGAACCCGACUCUUCCCAGCGGAGUAGACCUCCAGACGGCGUUGAGCGCAGCUUCCCAGCGCGGCGGUCAAGUUGUUGGAGGGGGGCAUUGGAGGUCGGGUUCGGCGGUGGCAUCGGAGGUGGUAUUGGAGGUGGCAUCGGAGGUGGUUUCGGCGGUGGCAUCGGAGGUGGCAUCGGAGGUGGUAUGGAAGUGUGCGGAUUGCAUUGGAGGCGGCACUGGAGGCGGUUAUCGGUGCGGAAUUGGAGGUGGUUUCGGUGGUGGCAGCGGAGGCGGAAUCGGAGUUGGAAAUGACUUCCCACCUUCCAACCUCUACACUACACCAUAA